AUGCAAUUCGAGGAAGGAGCAAGACCUUCUAGAUUCUCCGAGUUUUCAUCCAUGGAUGAAGGUUCGGAACAGUACCAACAGCAACAACAACAACAACAAUACUUGGACGGUGAUCAGUCUUCAUACUAUGAGGGAUCAAAUUCGGGCUCAAGCAACCUUCAGGCCUAUCAAUUAGAUCCUGCUUUAAGGGCUGUGCUCAAAUAUCGAAGGAGAAAAUUUGAUGAUGCUGUGGAUAGUUGCAAUGAAUUGCUCCGAAAGAAUUACAAAGAUAUGUCCAUGUGGUAUCUCAAAUGCAAGUCCCUAACUGCAAAAAUGUGGAUUGACGACACCGAAAUGGAAGACGAAGGAAUUGCUGAUAUUUUGCUCGAUGAGACCUCUGUCACGACAGCACCAAGACCAGGUACCUCGCUCAAGAGGCCUCUCACAAAUUCAUCAGGGAAGAGAAGUGCCAAUCCCAGCAUUAGGCCUCAAACAAAAGAUGGGCGACCAAUUACUGGCUUCUCUCGACCUGGAACAAAUAGUGGAAGAGGAACUUCGAGCUGUGGAGGAACGGGCGCCGCUGGCCAAAGUAGAGGAGGUACCUCCAGUAUUGAAAAUAUCUUUAAAGGCUCACGUCCAGGGACAACACGUCCUGUGACAUCAACAGGAAGAUUUGUGCGAUUGGGAACAGCCUCCAUGAAAAUUUCUGGGCUUGACCAAGACUAUGCCAUCUCGACAGAACAUAUUGAUUUGAAAAAAUAUGCUACUAUGCCUCCUCUUGCCAAAGCCCUCUUUGAUUAUUUAAUAUUUGUGGAGCAUGAUGUUAAACGAGCUUUGGAAUUGGCUUCAUUUGCCACUAUUGAGGCCGAAUUUAAGGAUUGGUGGUGGAAAGCUCGUUUAGGAAAGUGCUAUUAUCAACUUGGAUUGUUGCGUGACGCCGAAAAACAAUUUCGAUCAGCUAUCAAAUCUCAAAUGAUGAUUGCAACAUGUUUAGAGUUGGCAAAAGUAUUUCUUAAACUUGAUCAACCCAAUAAGGCCCUAGAGGAAUAUGAAUCUGCAUGUUUGAAAUUUUCAAAUGAUACACACUUGCUGUUGGGCAUUGCCCGAGUGCAUGAUUCCUUAAACGAUCUCGACAAGUCAAUUCAAUACUAUGAAAAAGUUUUGCAACUAAAUAGCAGCAAUGUAGAAAGUAUAGCUUGCUUGGCUAGCAAUUAUUUCUAUGAGGAUCAGCCAGAAGUGGCCAUGAGAUUGUACAGAAGACUCAUACAAAUGGGCGUCAACAAUACGGAGCUUUGGAAUAAUUUGGCUCUAUGUUGCUUUUACGCUUCACAGUAUGAUAUGGUAUUUUCAUGUUUUGACCGAGCUCUGCAAUUGGCUGAUGACACCAACGAAGCAGAUGUUUGGUACAAUAUUGGUCAAGUGGCUAUUGGAAUUGGUGAUGUGGGUCUCGCUUAUCAAUGUUUCAAAAUUGCAACCAGUAUAGAUAAUGAACACUCGGAGAGUUUCAAUAAUUUAGGUGUUUUAGAAUUGAGAAUGGGCAACUCCGAGGAAAGCAAAAAUUAUUUUGCUCAAGCGAUGGCACUCGCUCCCAAUCAACACGAACCCGUAUUCAACAAUGCCUUGCUAGCAUUCAAAAAGGGUAAUCAUCAAGUGGCCCACGAAUUGACUCUAAAGGUCUUGAAGGAUAUUUAUCCAGAACAUGCCGAUUCCAUAGAGCUAAAGAAGAAGUUGGAAGCCAAGUAUCUCAUGUUGUAG